AUGAUCGACUUUGAUGCUGUUAUGAGAGCCCUUCUCGUUAUUACUGUGGGCCUGAUCCUUCUUGAUUUUGUGCCUUUACAGGAGGGUAUGAGGUGCACGAAUGACUAUAAAAACGCAUCCACCUGUCCAGAAGUUUUCUUUGCACAAAGUUACCAUGCAGCGCGAGGAAAGUUCAUUGAGGCAGCAAAGAAGGCGAAGGCACAACUGGAACGUCAUGUGGUUCUGCAUGAGGAUGGAUUUGAAUACACUGUGGAUACUGCUUUUCUACGUGGGAAGAACUCUGGGCGACUACUUGUUCACAUGUCAGGCACAGACGGAGUGGAAGGGUAUAUUGGCAGCGCUAUACAAGUGAAGUUACUAGAAGAAUGGAAUAACAGUCGUCCAGAAGGAUCUUCAGUUCUCUUUGUACAUGCAGUCAAUCCGUACGGCAUGGCACACUUUCGUACCACUAAUGAGAACAAUGUAAACCUUAAUCGAAAUUAUCGUUCUGCUGAAGAUUGGAAGAGUGUUUUGGCGCGUGAUCCAAACAUUGCUAAAUACGAUGAUAUAGUGGCACCCCUAAUGCUCUCAAGAGCCCCACGUAUUGCUGAUCGGUUUGUCUUUCUUUAUCAUAUUAUAAAAGCAUUUGUUACAAAGGGUUUUUACGCUUUUAAAACAGCUAUUAUAAGUGGUCAAUAUCACCAUCCGGAGGGUAUGUCCUUUGGUGGUCGAGAAGAACAACGCAGUAUUGCUGUAUUGCGUAGUAUAUUGACUAAAUAUGCAGCUGAGGCAUCUGAAAAGAGUAUUGUGGUUGAUGUACAUACAGGUCAUGGUACAUGGGGUGAUGAUGUAAUUGUUGCAAGUACAAAUGAAGAUGAGUCACUCGCCAAGUCAAUCUUUACAGCAGGAGUGAUAAAAGGAGGACCAAGUGCAGGUUAUGAACAUUCAAAUGGUUUUAUUAUACCGACUGAUAUACUUGGUAAAAAUACACUGGUAGUUGAGCAAGAAUUUGGAACUGUAAAUUAUAUCUUUAUGAUUCGUGCCAUAUUUCUUGAAAAUGCAGCAUACAGAUAUGCCAAUGGAAGCUAUGUGCAUGAGGUGAUGCGAGAGUGGAUGCGUGAUGCUUUUUAUCCACAAUCAAUAAAGUACAAGAUGAAUGUGCUGAAAAAAGGUGUAGAUAGAUUUGACAGUGCGUGGAGAUAUUUAUCAGGGAAGUAA